AAAAAAUUUUAAUUUUAAAUUUGACAAAAUGUUUUCAUCGAUAAAUCCAUGGAAAAAUGUUGAAUGUAAAAUAUCGAAAAAAUCAUUUAAAUAUUUGAAUCGAUAUUUUCAAUUACCAUCAUUUCGUACGGAAAAAAUUAGCCAUAAUUUAAUUGCAACUAGUGGUUUUCUACAUUCAUAUCGAUCAUCAUCAAAUCGAAUCAUUGUUGGAUCAUCAUGGAAUUUUCGUGAAUCAUUCAAAGAAAAUGGACAAAACAUUGACGAUAAAAUUGAUCAACAUCUUUUGGAAAUUAUUCUUCGACCGAAUUUCGAUAUCAUCGAUUUAUCAUUCCAUCCACUUAACGAUGAUAUAUUGGCUGUUUCAAAUUCAAAUUCAUUACAAUUGCUUCGAUUACCGGUUAUUCCAUUGGAUGAUUUUAAAACAAUUCAAUUGAAUAAUAAACCAAAUUUAUUGGCAAAAGAAUUAAAUUUUGAAGAAAACAUUUCUAUGGAUGGAUUUCGUUUUCAUCCAACAAUGAAAGAACAAUUAGCAACAAAUUCAAUUGCAAAUCAAUCAAUAUCAUUAUAUGAUAUUAAUAAUAUUCAAAAUAAUCCGAUAGCCGAAUGGAAAUGUUUGAAUAAUGAAAUUGUAUCAUCAUUUAAUUUUAAUUAUGUUGGACAGACAAUUUUUGCAAAUCAAAUUAAUUCAAAACAAUCUGAAUCAAUUGUUUCAAUGAUUGAUUUACGUUCAAUUGGAACGAAUGAUACAAUACGAUCACAACCGAUUCAAUGUUGGCAAGAAACACAUUCACAAAUUAUAUCAUUAGAUGGUCAAAAAAGUCGACCAUAUAUAUUGGUCAGUUUAUUGGAUCGACGUAAAAAUAAUAAUUUAUUAAUCUAUGAUAUUCGUAAUUUUAGUCAACCAAUAUUACAACAUAUUGAAUGUGGUUCAUAUCGUCAAAAUCCAUCAAAUAUUUAUUUACCUUGUUUUGAUUCGGAUGCCGGUAUUGUUUAUCUAACAUUACGUAAUGGACAAUCAAUUGUACAUUCAAUUGUUGAUGAAAUGUAUCUUGAUUCAAAACGUUUCAAUACAUUUGAUAAUCCAAAAUCUUAUUGUACAUUACCGGAAAAUUGUAAACCAAUUCUAGAUUCAACAUUAAUGUCAAAACGUUCAGUUAAUUUGAAUGAAAAUCAAAUUGAUUGUCUAAUUAUAUUGACUACUGAUGGAACAUUAUUACCAUUCAGUUAUUAUGUACCGAAAAAAUCAUCAUCAUCAUCAUCAUUUAAUGAUAGUUUUUCGUACAAACAAUUUCCUGCCACAUUUUCACCACAUACAAAUAUUGAUCAAAAAAUGUUCGAAUCAAAAAUAUCUUUAUUAAAUCGUAUCAAUUGGCUUAAUUUGGAUCCGAAUAAACAAAAUAUUUCGGAAAUUUAUCGAUUUGGUGAAAAUUUCCCCGUAGAAUUUGAUCAAUAUUGGAGUGUAAAUGAACAGAAAAUAUUUCAAAAAUUUUCUGGUGAAAUAAUUGAUGAUACUAGUGAUAAACCAGUGGAAAAUUUAACUGACGACAAAAUUGAAUCAAAAUCAUCAGAUGACAAUAUCAAUGAUGAUGAUAAUGUUUCAAGAUUAAUUGAUUUUAAUCAUUUGAAAUAUAUUGAUGGAUCUGUCUAUGAUCGUAAACUUAUACCUGGAAUGCCAUCGAUUAGUCAAUCACGUACAUUGAAUUUUGAUUUUUUUCAUAUCAAUGAAAAAUAUGGAAUAUUUGUUCGUAGUGAUCGUUUAAAUCAAAUUUCGAUAAAGAUUAUUGAUUCAAAUGGUUAUGAUGAACAUAAUGGCCUUGGUUAUAUUAAUUGUCCAACUGAAAUUAAUUGUUUUGCUUUGGAUCCAUUUAAUUCGGAUUGUUUGGCUAUCGGUUUAAAUGAUGGUUUGAUUCAACAUUUUACUAUAACAUCGGAUUUUUAUAAUAAUUUAAUCGAAUCAAAUUCAACCGAUAUGUUAAUGUUAGAACAGCCUGAUUUUGAACUUAAUGCAAUCACAAACGAUAUAACUUUACAUCAUACAUCGAUAACAUCUAUACAAUAUCAUCCAAUGGCUAAAAAUAUAUUAGCAUCUUCAAUCGAUCAUUUUAUUAUGAUCUGGGAUUUGGAACAACGAUUUAUACAAAAAAUUAUCGAUUGUAGUAAUAAUAAUAAUGUUUUGACAUUACGCAUGAUACAAUGGAAUCGAUUCCAAAAUGGUUGUAUUUAUUUGGCUGCAUUUAAUGAAAAAUAUCUAAUGGUUAAAGAUGUUAGCGAUCGACAACAAACUUUAAAUAAAAACAAUGAUAAUAUGAUUGUUGAAUUUCCAAAUCGUAUAAAUCCAAAUCGUUUAUGUUGGGCAUUAAAUGAUAAUAUUUUACUAGUCACUGCUAAAGAAACCUCAAAUCGUAAAAUUUUAUUCUAUUUAUUUAAUGAAAAUAAAUUACAAUAUCUAUUUAUGCAUGAUAUGUCAUCAUUACCAUCAUUUUUAACACCAUAUUAUGAUGAUGAUACAAGAAUUUUAUAUUUAGCUGGUCGUGGUGAAAAUACUGUACAUUUUAUUUGUUUGGAAUUGAAUCCAUCAUCAAAAUCAAACGAUGUUGAACAACAAUGUUUAUCAAUCAAACCAUUAGAAUCAUAUCGUUUUCCAACCAAUCAUUUGGCUAUUGAUUUUUUACCUAGAAAACAAUGUUGUGUACGUAAUUGUGAAAUUGCUAUCGGUAUACGAAUGUUUAUGAAUGGAUUUGAACGAUUUCGUUAUAGAGUUCCAAGAAAUCAUCCCGAAUAUUUUCAUGAUGAAAUCUAUCCACCGACAGCUGAUUAUUCAAAACCAUUAUUUACCAGUUCGAAAUGGUUAAAUCAACUAAAAAAUCCUGAACAAUUAUCUGGAAUAAAAUAUCCAUUAAUUAAUCUAAAACCAUUAGAUAUGAUUCCAUUUUCAACAAUACGAGAAAAACUUCAAGAAGAACAAAAACAAAAACGUCAACAAAAUAAUCCGAUAGUAAAUCAACGUCAAAAUAUUGCAAAUAAUAAUAAUUCAAAUGGAUUUCCGGCAAAUUUUUGUCAAUAUUUUGCACAUGUUGAUGAUGAACCAUUAGAAAUUUCCAAUAAUAAUUGUGAUGAUGCUGAAGGUGUUGAUCCUAGUGAAUGGGACUGAUCAAUCAAUCGAGACUGAUAAAAAAUUUUAUUAUUUUUCUUUUUAAAAUCUGG